AUGGACCACAAGCGCAAGGCUCUGAACGACGACCUACCCACUCCGAAUGGGGCGUCGCGAAGCAUAUGGGUGAUGUCAACAGAUCCUCCUCUCCAACCUCCAGAUACUCCCCAUGACGACUAUUCUCCGCGGGAUAUGACUGGAUGUCCAGCCUGGUUUAGUAGCACAUCAAAUCAAUGCGAGGCUGAACCGCCUAAAGCGAAGCGAAUAAAGAACGAAAACGAUAACUCCCGCAACGGAGUUGUAAUAGCCGACGACAGCGACAGCGAACUCUUCUCCGCUACACCCUUAGACUCAUCUCCCUCCCACAGCGAAUACGAAUAUUCUGAACCCGAAUCAUACCCCAAACCCCAAGCGCUAUUUCCACCCCUGAUGCCCUCCCCCGUCGAUUUCCCCAGUUCCGAGCGCGCGUCGAAGAGACGUGCGAAGAGGAAGCGGGCUCGAGAUUCGGACGAUGAAGACCAGAAUUAUGUCGAUGAUCAGAAUAGCGAUGGGGACGAAUACGAGUUUGAUACACCAGGCGUUAUUGAUAGAGCGGAACGUGACGAUGUCGUCUUCAUCCUGAGCAGGGAGAAAGCAAGGCGCAUGGCGCAGGCUGUCAAGGUACCAGAGGACACGAAGAUGGGCAGCGAAGAGAAGAGUCUAUAUCUUGAUCUCGCCACCCGCGGCUGUUAUCCAGUCCUUCCAUCGGAUUGGAAGAAGGACUUUGCGACACUUCCGGAAUCUCUCUUUCCAACGGGGGACGAAGAGAUUGACGAAAGCAAUUUCCCCUUCGCGGUACAGAAGGGAUCCAAUUUCUACGCCAUUACAGCCUUUCAUGAGAUUCUCAAGGUACCCGGCCGUGUACGAGAUUGCAGGUUGUUGACGGUACGUCCACAAGACGUGGUUAAGAAAGCUAUUCGGAGAUACUUGCGCUGGGCCGUCACCGACGCCGGCCUGAAGAAAAAGCGCAAGACGACGGCCGUUCACAAGAUUGUCGUCCAGGGACGAGACGAAAAUACGCUACAGGUCGUCCAGAGAUUAAUUGCCAGGCUCGAACGUCUGGCCAAGAAACACCAAGAUAUGUACAGUGGCACUAGGGAUCCUUACUGGCCGACUUUGGUCGCAUUCUGUCUGUGUGGUCCCAUUGUCACUAUACUCUCUGUGGACACGGAUCCGGGAUCUGCCACCUGGGAAGAGGGAAAUUCCAACUAUCAUGCCAAAUACAUGGGCCAGUUUGAUAUGUCGGAGGACGAUCAGGAUGUUUGGAAUUCGCUCGCGCUGGCCAUUGCGGUUAUUCAUAUCAGGAGGACUAUGACACGACUUGCUGAUCAAUAUCCUGACAUGGAUGGAGUUGCUCAGAGGCGACGACCGGGAGAUUCUACAGAUGAUGAGGAUUUGUGA